UUUUUUUUUUUCACUUACAUUGAAUCUUCCUUCACGCUUUUUUUUUUAACUCUCACGCCACCAAUAACAAAACAACAACAACAACAACAACAAUAAUAACAACACUUCAUUUUUGAAUAUCUUUUUCUCCCGUUUUCUAUUCUUGUUCUUCUUUAAUUCUUCACUCUCUUUUUUUCUCUUGACUUUUUACACCUUGAAUUUUAUUAUCAACAUACAUCAUGUCUCAACCUCACGAAUCUGAACAAUACUCCAAUGAUCACGAUCAAUAUGACCAACAACAUUUCGAUGAAGAUGGCCAACUAACUCUUCGCGCUUUGGUGUCUACUAAGGAAGCUGGUGUCAUUAUUGGCAAAGCUGGUAAAAAUGUCGCUGAAUUACGUGAUGCUACUGGUGUCAAGGCUGGUGUUUCCAAAGUCGUUCAAGGUAUUCAUGACCGUGUUUUGACUGUUUCUGGAACACUUGAAGGUGUUGCCAAGGCUUAUUCUUUGAUGGCACGCACUUUGUUGGAAAACCCUAUCUCAACAACAUCUACUGUUUCUAUGUCUCUCGGUGGUAAUAAUGUUGUUGAUCAUUCUUUGGCGACAAUUCGUUUAUUGAUUUCCCAUAACUUGAUGGGCACUGUGAUUGGACGCCAAGGUGCUAAGAUUAAACAUAUUCAGGAUACUACUGGUGUUCGUAUGGUUGCAUCCAAGACUUUAUUACCUCAAAGUACUGAAAGGGUGGUUGAAGUACGUGGUUCUGUCGAAGCCAUUCAAGCGGCCAUUAUGGAUAUUGGACAAUGUUUGAUGGAAGACAAGGAAAGGGCGUAUGGUACUAUCUUAUACAAUCCUACCAAAGUAGUUGCUAGUGGUGCUCAUGGCAACGAACAUCGUCGAUCUUCAAUCACACGUACUGGAAAUGGAUCCGAUUUUAGCAGUGAUUUUAUGGGUGGAUUUUCAGGAGCAGGCUCUGUAGGUGGCAGCAACUCUCGUCGUAUGUCUACUGCAUCUCAAUCCAACAGCAACUUUUUCAACAAUCCUAACAUUCGUACUCAACAUAUCUCUAUCCCAAGUGACAUGGUAGGUUGUAUUAUAGGUAAAGGAGGUAGCAAGAUCUCUGAAAUCCGUCAAUUAUCUGGUUCUCGUAUUUCCAUUGCCAAGGUCCCUCAUGAUGAUACUGGUGAACGAAUGUUUACUAUCCAAGGUACUCCUGAAUCUAAUGAACGUGCAUUGUUCUUACUCUAUGGUCAACUUGAAACUGAAAAGGAACGUCGUUUGAAGGGUGUCAAGGAAAGCGAAGGUGAAAAUGGUUUUGAUCAAGAACAACAAUCACAACAACAACAGCAACCACAACAACAACAACCACAACAACAACAACCACAACAACAACAACAGCCUUUGGAACAAGAUAUCGUCCAACCAUAAGGUUCUAAUUUGGCGGCGUAACCUACAUAGUUUAUAUUCUCCAUCUUUCUCUCUCUUCCUUUUCACUCUCUCUUUAUUUUAUUGUUUAUUUUAUCUAUUCUAUUACUUUCACCUUCCCUUCAACCAUCAUUUACAUUUUUAUAUAUAAAUAUUUUGAAUUGAUUUUUUUUUCUUCUUUUAUAUUUGCUCUAUGAUUUUCCCCUGUUCUUUCCAUUCUUUUUACAUAUCUAUAAAUUGAUCGUCAUUUUGAAUAAUAAAGCAAAUGGGUAUUAGUGCUAUCUCUCUCUCUC